GUUCGGAAUCGCGGUUAGUGGCGCCGCUGCUGCCCGGGCGGCCGCUUCUUUCUCUCGGACUGCUGCAGUUGGUGCUCGGCUGUUCCAUGGUGGCUCUGUCUUUUGGUGCCCUGUCUCUUAGCAACUCGCCUCCUGUUCGCAAUUCCUGUCCGUUUUGGGCUGGAUCAUCCGUCAUCCUGUCUGGGAUUAUUGGCCUCACAACAUGGAAGCGACCCAUGCUCCUACUGGUGAAUCUGUUUGUGCUGCUGUCUAUGGUUUGUAUCCUGCUAAACCUGGCAGGCUUCAUCCUCUGCUGUCAGGGGGCUCAACUGGUAACCAGCACCAUUCACUGCCAGCUGAGUGAACAGCCUAACCUGUGUAACUGUUGUGCCGAGAGCUCCAGCAGUACGUGUCCAGAGGACGGGCUGAUAAAGAUCUAUGCAGGACCCUCGUGUGAGGCGAUGAGAGUGCUGCUCAAGAAGGUGCUGUUCGCACUGUGCGCAUUAAAUGCACUGACCACAGUAGUGUGUCUGAUUGCUGCUGCACUCAGAUACCUGCAGAUCUUCUCCACUAGACAGCCCUGCCUGGAGGAACCCAGAAAUGUUCCAGAGCAACAAGAACAACAGCAUGUUCCUGAUCCUGAGGAGUUUGUACCACCUGCACCACCUCCAUCCUACUUCUCCACCUUCUACUCCUACACACCACGACUAGCACGCAGGAUGUUUGGUGACAGUGUGAUCCCGCUGCCCCACAUAUACGGCGCAAGGAUAAAAGGCGUGGAGGUUUUCUGUCCACUCGAGCCUCCUCCUCCCUAUGAAGCUGUGGCAAGUGAGGAAACCCAGUCAUCUCAGGCGCAGGACACAGUGGUUCACAUGACGGACCUGACCGACGAAGUCCCACGCUGCUCAGAGACAGACACGAUCAGCGAUGGCAGGUGUAUGCAGACGGCCAGAUUAAGUCCCACACCUUCAUCGCAACCCAUCACGUCUUCGAUCAGCCAAAGGCCACAACGACAGCGGGUUCGCAGAUCCAACAGUGAUCCUGUUCUCCUGGACCUGACUGCUAAAGUAAUGAGCUGUGAGGCAGCCACACAGACUGAAUUAGCUAGUGGGACGGCGACCGGCACGAGCACAAGAACCAAAACCGAGCACGGCACCGUCUCUCUGCGACGGGGGAGGGGUCCUCGCCGGCCGCGUCCCACUUCCAUGGUGGACUACCAGAGCUAUCGGGACACCAAGCUGCUGGUGGCGCGCUUUCUGCAGCAUCAGUCACCGAGCAGCCUGACGCCGGAGGUUCAGGAACUGAUCAACAGCAUCAAGAGUGUACUGCGCUCUGAUCAGGAACACAUGGAGGAGGCGGUGCGCUGUGCAAACUACAUCCAACAGGUGAUGACCGUUUCAGACAGAGGACAGCAGUCCCGAACCAAACAGACCCCGACUGACUGCACAUCUAACACACUUCCACUGCGUAAGCGCCCAGGUCUCAUACAUCUGCGCAGCUGUGGAGAUCUUAGCACCUUCACUUGGGCAGAUCUGCAGACGGGCACGGGCCACAGCAGAACAAUGUCUAGGACAGGCACCAGGACAGCUAAUCGGACUGGUACCCGGCUACUGGCACAAGAGCGCCCCCACAGCCUGAUUGGGGUUUCACGAGAAACUAUUCUGUAAAGAUUGAAGACUUUCUAUUUAUGCUGGAGGAGGGGAUGAUGGAUGAUGCAAGGCCUUAAAUUACACACAGCUUUAAAAUGCUAUACAGUUUGUGCUUUUGAUUUAUUUUAUUAUUUGUAUUUUUUACCUGCUUUGGUGGCGCAGCGGUAAAUUACACUAGCCCACUACCGCUGGGAUCCAGGGUUUGAAUCCUCAGCCGUGGUAUCAGUCAGUUGGGUUGGCUUUGUCUGAGUUGGGGGGAUGGUCGAAGCCCUGUGAUGAAUUGGCACCAUGUCCAGGUAUUUCUUCCUUACCCCCAGUGUUACCCAGCGUAUCCGAACCCACCAUGACCCUGACCAGACAAGCAGUUGAUAAUCUCCUAAACUACACUGCAAAUCUUCUAAUCUUCUUACCUGUCACUGCUGGGUUCCCACAGAGCCACACUAAGCUCCAUGUGACAAUUCCUCCCUCUUUCCCACCACCCAUGCAGAUGGCAGCAUACACAUCGCAGCUCCAUAUCCCUUAAACAUGGCCAAUGGUGUUCAUGUUGACACCCGGCCAGGUUGGUAGCUCUGCUGAGACUCGAACUUGACAGUGGUGUGCUAGCAUGUUAGACCGCUGCGCCACGUAAGCACCCAGUACUUCUAUUAUACACUGAUCAGCCAUAACAUUAAAACAAUCUCCUUGUUUCUACACUCC